CUCAACGUCACGUUAGUUCGCGCUGCCCACGGACAGGCAGGAUUCAAGAAAUGAGAUACGACGAGGAGGUGGAACGAACGGUUUCUGAAAACGGACUGAGAUUUCAAGGAAAGGAUCGCGAAGAGGACCGUGUCGCGCGGCGAGAUGCUGUCGCCCCGUUGAACGAUCGCCGCCGUACCGAGAGAUCAUAACAGAAACGUGCAAAAUGUUGACCACGAGCUCGGCCAAGAGAAAAUUCUGCGUCUGCAAGCUCAGGUCUCGAAUUGUUGUCGUUGCCAAAUAAGUAGUGAACAACGCGAUCCUGCGGUCCCGGAACAUGGCUUCGUCCACGAAGAGGUCAUGGAAACUCCAGGAUUUCGUUGCCCACACGUCCAAUGUCAAUUGCCUGGCACUGGGUCACAAGUCUGGUCGCGUUUUGGUCACUGGUGGCGACGACAAGAAGGUCAAUCUAUGGGCAGUCGGCAAGCAGAACUGUAUUAUGAGCCUGAGCGGCCAUACCACUCCGAUAGAAUGCGUGAGAUUCGGGCAAACGGAGGAUCUAGUAUGCGCUGGCUCACAAACAGGAGCACUGAAGAUCUGGGACUUGGAGCACGCUAAAUUGGCCCGCACGUUAACAGGACACAAGGCAGGCAUACGCUGCAUGGACUUUCAUCCUUAUGGGGAGUUGCUGGCAUCCGGUAGCUCGGACACUGCAAUUAAAUUGUGGGACAUUCGGAGGAAAGGUUGUAUUUUCACGUACAAAGGACACAAUAGGAUGGUGAACAGUUUAAAAUUCAGUCCUGAUGGCCAAUGGAUCGCCAGUGCAGGAGAAGAAGGCAUGGUUAAGCUGUGGGACUUGAGGGCUGGCAGACAACUCAGAGAAUUCUCCGAACACAGAGGUCCGGCUACAACAGUGGAGUUUCAUCCUCACGAGUUUUUAUUAGCCAGUGGCAGCGCAGAUAGAACAGUUCAUUUCUGGGACCUGGAAUCGUUUCAGCUUGUGUCGUCUACAGAUCAAAGUCACUCCACAGCAAUUCGGUGCCUCUAUUUCAGUCAAGGCGGAGAAUGCCUUUUCGCUGGUUGCCAUGAUGUGUUAAAGGUGUAUGGUUGGGAACCGGGUCGCACGUUGGACGCGGUUCCGACUGGUUGGGCGAAAGUGCAGGACAUAGCUGUAGCCCAGAACCAGUUGAUCGGUGCAAGUUUUCAUACUGCCAAUGUCGUUUUAUACGUAUGCGAUUUAAAGAAAAUAGCGCCGUUGGGAGGAGUAUCGACGUCCGACUCGUCGUUUAGUCACGGGAACUCGUUGAGGAAGAGCUUCUCGAGGGAAAGGCCGCCUGGUUUGAAGAAACACACAUUAGAUGUACGGACGAUCGAGGAGGCGGACAAGUCUGGAACGGACCCGGAAGACGAGGCAACGUACGCGGACAUACCCAAUGUCACCGCCUAUCACGACAUCUUUCAACCAAACAGAUCACUGUCUCGCACUCCACCUCCAGAACCCGAGGCUUUCCAGGAGCCUCAAGACUUAGAUCCCACGCAACCGCAGAUACUACAGAAUCUUUCUACCUCAAUGUCGAAUUUGAACGCAGUGGUGCCAGAGGAAGUUCCACCUGUGCCGUCACCGUCAUCCCCACCCCCGCCCGCCCCGACGUUACUGUCCAAGCCGGUACCAGUGCGUGUUCAGCCGAUCAAGUCGUCGCCACCGGUUCAAAGAAGCGCGGUGACCUCGACGAGCCAGGCGAAGACACACCAAACGAACAAUGGCCUUACCAGGACGUCUAAGAACUUGGCGUCCAUACCCCCUCUUAGACAAAACAUCACUCCUCUUCCCGGCAAGAAGCUUGGCACUAGCAGCGACAUAGGGACGCUUCCACAACCUUUGGGCCCGCAGAGGUCGAACUCGACGUUGACUCCGCGGGUGGCGCCGAUGGCUGCCGUUCUUCCAGUGAUGGACGAUGGGAAACUCAAGAAUAGAGCACCUAGCCCGGACUCCCCUAAGCAUUACUUGAAGAGACAGAGUAGUUGUAAGGACGGAGAACAGGGUUAUGAAAGCGAUUAUCCGGUACAAAUUAAUAGUAUAAGGCACAGCCCCUCUGAUCCAGCGUUAAACAGGCCGAACUCGGCGCAGUCCAGGUCCACCUCGCUAAAUAGGAACUUUACUACCUCAACGUCGCUGUCCGCACGCAACGCUUCCACUACCACCACCUUCGCGACCAAGAAAUCGAACAAAGCUCAAGUGCCCCCGAAUCCUAAGGUAGACGUACGGGCGUCUCAACUGAGGCCGAGCGUGGAGACCACGGAGAAGGAGGAAUUCGUCCCCAUGAGCGCCGACAAGCCUUAUGGGCUGGACGUUGAAACCUUCUUGCCUAAUAAUUUCGCGAGCUCGACAGGGUUCGGCUACCCUCAGAUCGGAGUUCUGAACGAGAUGUCCGAGGCCGAAGUGCUCAACAGCAUGAUGCGAGGCCACGAGUCGAUGAUGACCGUGCUGACGAAUCGUCAUCGGUCCUUGCAGAUCACCUACUCCCUGAUGAAACACAAAGACCUCAAGGCUGCUGUGGAGUCCGCUGUGGCGAUGAACGAUCUCUCAGUGAUCGUCGAUCUGUUGGGAAUAUUGACUGUAAAACCAACAAUGUGGAACCUGGAUCUAUGCAACUCCUUGCUGGGCCCGAUCGGAGAUCUCCUCCAAAGUAAAUACGAAAUGUACAUAACCGUGGGCUCGUCGUCGCUGAGGCUGAUCCUGCGGAAUUUCGCGUCGGUGAUAAAAUCGAACGUGGAGGCGCCCUUGCACUCGAUUGGCGUGGACGUGUCGCGGGAGGAACGAUACCACAAGUGCCUCUCCUGCUACGAGAAGCUGCAGACGAUCAGAGGGGUGUUGCUGAAGAAGCAGUCGACGCCGGGCAAGCUGGGCGCGACCUUCCGCGAGCUGGCAGUAUUAAUGAGAAGCCUCGAGUGACCACGGCUGAACAGCAACGCGCAGGCCGCCGCCAGGCUCGUCGUCACCUGACAGAGGACCGCGAUCAUCAAGGACCCUGGAGGAAGAAGAAGCGUGGAACGGCAGAGCAUCGUUCGUCAGCAGGGCCGGUCGUUCGAGCUGGUCUGCCCGCGGCGUUGGCGCGACGGAUCGGCCCGCGAGUCGCCGUUUCUUCCUGCUCCGUUCGUCGGCACCCGUCGGUUCCUCGUGUCCGGUCCGAGGCCCGUCUGGAGGAAGAGCAACGUUCAACGAUGACCUUGUACAGAGACAUUGCGCGAGACGAGCAGAGAGACACAGCGGGAGAGAGGAGAAAUUUCCAUCGAUCUGUCCGUGAUCAUUGUUUUCCUUCCGCCGUCCCGGCCUUGGAGCCGCGACGAGAAGCACUGUAUAUUAUUGUCAUAUAAUAUAUAUAUAUAUAUAUAGAUAGAUAUGUAUAUCUCGCGUUUUACGUUGCGCGGACGAUCGACGGAAUUUUUCUUGUCCGCGGGGAACGUUGUUCGCGGCGUGCUUUUCGGCGGCCUUCUUGCCAGCCUCGCGACUUCCGGCGAGGACCCCCCGACGACGAUUAAAAAUGACGUUUAAUUAAGGAGUAGGUAGUUACGCGUUUCAUUUUAGGAUAACCGAAUGAGAGAGAGAGUGAGAGAGAGAUAGAGCGAGAGAGAGAGAGAAAGGUCGAAGAGAUAUUGUAUUUUUGCAAGAGCCAUUUGCGUCCGUUCAUUAACAAAAUGAUAUAAAAAUGGAAAUCGGGUAGACGGAGAGGAGGAGCGAAAAGAAUAUAGUAAAUUCUUCUUAAUUUGUCUUCAGUUUGUAAACAAAACUGGAUAAUUUGGGAAGAGGGGAAAGAGGAGGGGAUAUAUUGUUACUCGCCGUGCAUUUUUAUAGUCUCUAGUUUGUGUGAACGAUUAUAAAAACGAGGCGCAAUUU